GUCAUAGCCGGUGAUUUCAUUAGCCACCCAACGUUGUUGACAGUGAUUUGCUAUUCGAUUUCCCUGACCGCUGUGGUGUAGGUAGCUAAUGAACCUUGAAUGGCCUUAAUGUUUCAGGAACUAACGUUAGCUUAUACGAUGAGGAAUAACAAUGUACUAAUGAUGUAGUAAACAGGUUAGCCUGUGUUAUAUCAUAUAUGUGUGGAUAAAAUACUCGUAGACUAUCUAAUCAGUAUAAAUAUAAACAAAAGCUUGCUAGCUGGCUAGAAUAAUAGGAUGAAAAUAUCUCGAGCCAUGGUUAUUACUAAUGUGUUACUUGGAGGGCAAUUGUUAUUAGCAUAGUAGAAGUAACUUGUUGUAAUAGACCAGUAUAGUUUAACAAAGUAUGUAGUAGUUUUAUUCACCACCAGUUUUUUCGGUAUUACCUUUUGAGGCAGACUCCUGUAUAGUUGUUUUGUCUAUAAAGGACCAUGCCAUCUGACUGACUCACAAAACAGUGAAGAUAACUUUAUUCUUCUCUUUGUUACGUCUUUUCAGUAAUUAAUUCAUUAUAGUCAUGAAAACAAAUUCAUUAUUCAUACUAAACAGGCAGAUAUUCUUGACUCAACAGACAGCAAAGUUGUCUUUGAUUAGCCUACAUGUGAAAAUGGUUUUAUUUACAUUACCAAACCAGCGGAGCACUGAUUUUGCAGAGAGCCGAAUGAAUAUUGUGGUUUGAAUAGGCCUGCAUUUUACAUGAUUCAGUUAGAUAUCCGCCUGCCUCCAUAACUAGUGCACAGACGUGUUAUUACUAUGUAUGAGAAUAAAAAAGGCUCAAGGCUUAAGUAUUGUUUGUAUUAAAACAUUUUGUACCAUCUUUUUGUGGAAUUCUGUGCAUUUGUUUCUUUGGUUAUUUAUUCUAGCAAUAUUUGAUGACAGUGGGUAAGAUGUAUGUGUCUCAGAUACGUCAGCAAUCUAACAGGAGGGCCAUGUGUGGAGAUCACAGUGUACAUAUACACCUGGCCUACUCUAUGAUCACUAAUUACAGUUUUUGUCACAUAGAUGGAGGAGGUGUGUUUCCAGUUGCCGGGGCACGGCGAUGUGGCCCUCCGCAACAUGAACUCCCUGCGCACCCAGCAACAUUUCUGUGACAUAACUAUUGUGGCCAGUGGUCGCCAGGCGUUUCGAGGGCACAAGGUUGUGUUGGCUGCCUGCUCUCCGUUUCUCAGGGACCAAUUUCUUUUGAACCCCUCCUCCGAACUACAGCAGGUGUCAGUGUUGCACAGUGCUACCGUGGUCUGCAAACUGCUCCAGUCAUGUUACACAGGCACACUGAAAUUUCAUUCCAAAGACAUCGUCAACUACCUGACUGCUGCCAGCUAUUUGCAGAUGGAGCACAUUGUGGAGAAAUGCCGGGGUGCCCUCAGUAUGUACAUGAGGCCAAGGAAUCCUAGCCCUACCAGGACAGUGAAGACAGAGGAGCCACUGUCCAUGGCAAUGACUGUAAGUGGCAGUGUCCCCUCCAUUGAGCCUGGUUCACCUCAGAGGAUCUCUUCUCCUCAGCCCCACAGCCCAGAGGUGGUGUGUCAGGCCUCAGGGAGCGACCACACAGAGUCAUUGUUACAAGCAGACAUCCAGCACAGGGAAGCACAUACGUUCACAGAGAUCAAGGUAAGAGCAUCCACUGCCUCCUUGCAAGAUGAUGUUGACGGUGACUAUGAGGUUCUUAGGGUUCGUAUAAAAGAAGACGAGCAGGAACCAGAAGAAAUCCAUGAUGACGAGCUUGGGGAGCCCGUGAUUUUGGGGGACCCCUGUCCCGAGUUGGACCCCAGUGGGGCAGGUAUGGUGCUGGACGGAGUGAGCCGUAUAGGGGGACUGGAGAAGGAGGGGCUUCGCACCUGGAGGCGUCGGCUUCUUGAACCCCGCACUGGACGGGGACGAGGCUUUAGGCACCGUCGGCGCGGCACCCUCCGAGACCGCCGGCCAGCGGGUGGGGAAUACCAAGAGGCGUGGCGCUUCCCCUCCGCCGCAGAGAUCCUCGCCCUAGGAGGAGACCUGGGUUCUGCCUACCUCUCUGCUCACGCCCAGACAGACAGCCCACCUAGGAUGCAGUACGGGCUGGACGAGGGUCAGGAGGAGGUGUUAGGAGAGGAGCCAGGCACAGACGACUUGGUCAUGCACUACGGACUGGACGAUACAAAUGGGGAUGGGGGAGGCAUCGGUGUGGUGGGUGUCCCUGCUGACGAGGAGGGGGGAGGAGCCGACGAAUCGGUGGCUGUGGUGGGGUCCACAUCUUGUGCGUCGGGUCCAGUGGCAUGCGACCACUGCGGCCUGGCCUUCCCGUCUCCGCAAUCUCUGCUCGUGCACAUGCGCGCCACCCAUCUGCCUUACGUGUGCCCCUGCUGCGGCAAGCAGUUCACUCAUGCCAGCAACCUCAACCGCCACAUGAGUGUGCACCGUGGGGCCAAGGUGCACCGGUGUCCACUGUGCCACAAGACCUUCACUCAGAAGGCCACACUGUGCGAUCACAUGAACCUACACAGCGGCGAGCGCCCUCAUCGCUGCGCUUACUGCCAAGUGCGCUUUGCCCACAAGCCUGCUCUACGGCGCCACCUAAAGGAGCAACACGGGAAGACUACCGCACAGAACUGUAUGGAGGCACAGAGAGAGAGUGAGAGUGCGGUGGCAGUGGCAGUGGUCGAUGGAGGGGGAGUUGCUGAAGGAAUAUGAAAAAGCAAGAUGAUGAUUGCCUUUUUUAAUGACUGUUAAGUGAUGCAGAUUGAGGCUUUAAGAUUGCUGGCAGGCUUGUGUCUUACCUGGAGAAGCAGUAGUGUGAGCAAACCAGAGGCUGACGAUUCAAACCCAGAAGGUGGAGAAUGUAAAGAUGUAAAUAUGUGAUCAACGGAGAGGCUUUACAGCGGGUCAUGUUGGGUCAUUUGGGUUAGGCCAAUGGUUCUCAAUCCUGCUCCGCGAGUCCCCUUGUCCUGCAUAUCUGCUAUCUAUUCCUGCCUCAGGCACACCUGAUUAAAACCAAUGUAAUAAAAAAAAAUGUAAUCUUGACCAACUAAAUCAGGUGUGUUCAGCUAAUCAAGAGUUCCACUGACAAGUUUAACUAGGUAUGCAGAGCAGGGAAAGAUGAUAUACAGGGGGGGGGGGGGGGGGCAGAGCAGGAUUGAGAACCAAGGCGUUUGGGGAAUCCAGCUUCUCUAUUCUGUGUAACUGUGUGACAUAUUAAUAAACAAGUAAUGUCAAAAA